UGCAGUAUUGAUUUCGCACUUAGGACAAGGUCCGCUAGGUGCGCUAUUUCACACACUCCAUCUAGAGAAAAUAUUCAAAAUGGCUGCCUCCAUGAAGCUUUUGAUUGUUCACGGCUCUCAGAAGCACAGCAUCGAUGUUUGUGUACCAGAUGAUGAGGAGAACCGAGUUGUCAUGGUAGAACAUCUGGCUCUGGCUGCAUGGAAGGCAACAGGAGUGCCUGUACAAAACCAGAGACUUAUAUAUAAAGGUAAGUCCUUAAAGGAUCCUGAGAAGACACUAGAAGAGAUGGGCCUUAAGGAUGGUGCCAAGGUCAUGAUGAUUGGAAAAAAGCACAACCCCGAAGAAGAAGCAGAGUUAAAGAGUCUUGAGGAAGUGGACAAGGCUCAAGAAGCUGUGGAGAAGAAACUUACAGGGAUGUCUGAUGAACUGGAAGGGAUGGAGAAGGGAUUCCUUGAGGAACCUUUAAUGACCGAGUCAUUACCCAAGCUGGAGAAGAGAAUAGGACUGUCAACAGAAGAACUCAUGAAGAUGUUGGAAAGACUAGACUCAACAAUCAUUCAGGAAAGUCAUAUUGAUGCAAAAAAGAAGAGGAAAAGUGUGGUACAGAGAAUUCAGGUUCUACUGGACAGAUGUGAUAGUUUACUGACCAGAACAAGACAUGUCAAGACAAAGAGUACACUAUGAUAGAUUUGCUGUAAAAAA